GUCAUCCAAAACCAAAAGCAAAACCAAAACGAAGAAGAAGACUUGUAUCUGAUUACUUCCCAUUUCUCAACCAAACCAGAAGUUAAAGUAGCAGCAAAAAAGACAUAUAUACAAUGCUGGGAAAAGCUCAUUCUCCACUAUUGAACUUAGACUUGAACCCAUCCAUCAUCCACCAUGGACCCACAACCUCAUUCCCUCUCUCUCUCAACCUUUGGAACUUGGGAACUCAGAGGUUUGGUUCUUCUUCUUGUUGUAGUUGCAAAUCUAUGGCCACUGAUUUUGAGAAAUCAGAGGAUUCCCACCACAAACCUCAACCCCCAGAUGCAGCAGCUGGCACUCCAACAAUUGUGCGUUCCACGACGAGUUUUGGGAGAUUGAAAGUACAAAGAGCAAAAAUUCCCCGGUUCGUAGAAAGACAAGAACAAGAUGAACAUUUACCUUUGGCAUUUGAUGAUGAAUCUGUUGAUGUUGGCUCGAAUGCCGGGGUUGAGCUCGUGAAGGGAGCAGGAGUUUCAAGCCAUUCUCGGUGGCAACGAUCCGGGGACAAGUCAUCUGAGACUAGAAAACACAGCAGUGCAAAGGCUCCAGCUCCUAGAAGAUGGAAUUUAAGACAUGACUCACUAGACCUAACCCAACGGUCAAAAUCAACCUCUGGUGCUGCUGACUUUUUUAGUAGGAAAUCCUUUAGAGAUGUAGGCUGCUCCGAUUUUAUGAUUGAAUGCCUGAGGAAGCUGAAUUUUCAACGCCCCUCAAAUAUUCAGGCCAUGUCAUUUGCAGCUUUUGCAGCUGAUAAAGAGGGAAAGAGCUGUAUCUUAGCCGAUCAAAGUGGAUCUGGAAAGACAUUGGCGUAUCUUGCUCCCGUUAUUCAGCGUCUUAGGCAAGAAGAAAUGGAAGGAGUGAGCAUGUCUUCUUCACAGAGUCCUCGACUGGUUGUAUUGGUGCCAACAGCAGAGUUGGCUUCUCAGGUUUUGGGUGUUUGUCGAUCAAUGUCGAAAAAUGGGGUUCCUUUCCGGUCUAUGGUUGUGACAGGAGGUUUUCGUCAGAGAACUCAACUUGAGAAUUUACAAGAAGGUGUCGAUGUCCUAAUAGCAACACCUGGUCGUUUUAUGUACUUGAUCAAAGAGGGAUUCUUGCAGCUAUCAAAUCUGAGAUGUGCCGUGCUAGAUGAAGUAGACAUACUCUUCAACGAUGAAGAUUUUGAACGAGUGCUACAAAGUUUGAUAAGUUCUUCACCUGUUACUGCGCAAUAUUUAUUUGUGACUGCAACAUUGCCAGUUGACAUUUACAACAAAUUGGUUGAAGUCUUUCCGGAUUGUGAGGUGAUCAUGGGACCCGCAAUGCAUCGUAUAAGUGCCGGCCUCGAAGAGGUGCUUGUAGAUUGCAGUGGAGAUGAUGGAACUGAAAAAACUCCAGAGACAGCAUUUCUGAACAAGAAAUCUGCACUUCUGCAGCUUGUGGAGGGAAGUCCAGUUCCAAAAACAAUUGUUUUUUGUAACAAGAUAGAGACAUGCAGGAAAGUCGAGAAUGCAUUGAAGCGCUUCGAUAGGAGGGAAAACCAGGUGCAAGUUCUACCAUUUCAUGCCGCUAUGGCACAAGAAUCGCGACUUGCAAAUAUGGAAAAAUUCGUCAAUACUCGCCCGGAAAAGGUCUCUCAGUUUCUAGUUUGCACCGAUAGGGCAUCGCGUGGAAUCGAUUUUGCCGGAGUGGAUCACGUUGUUCUCUUUGACUUUCCGCGCGAUCCUAGUGAGUAUGUGCGCCGUGUCGGAAGAACUGCUAGAGGUGUUGCAGGAAAGGGCAAGGCAUUCAUCUUUGUGGUGGGAAAGCAAGUCUCUCUCGCCCGCCGGAUCAUAGAAAGAAAUCAAAAAGGGCACCCGUUGCAUGAUGUGCCAUCAGCUUAUGAGCUCUUCAGAUGAAGGCCUGUUUUCUCCGUCUGUAAAUAUAACAAGAUGCAGUUUUAGUAGUGGUCAAUUUUGCCAUAUAGAUUAUUGUUAUGGCUAGUUUUGUAGGAAAAUGAAAGAUAAUGGAUGUGUUAUUUAUUUAUUUAUUUUGUGGGGGGAGGAUAAAGAGACUAACAUU